AUGUCGGUUUUUUCCUACAUCGUCUCGGGCGUCAGCUCGUUUGUCGCCGUAACCCUGUCACUCUUUGCCCUCGGCCAGAAGGUUCCCCGCGCGGCAUUCUUUGCUCGAUGUUUUGCAGCGUAUGGCUCGCUUCUUCUCUGUGCCAUCUAUGGAGUGAUCGCGUCGAUUAUCCUACGCCUCGCUGGCUACGGGCGAGUAUCGCAAUGGGCGACCGCCCGCAGCUUUAAAUGGGUUAUGCGAUGUACCACUGGUGUGCAGUUCGAUAUUAUUGAAGGCAAAGAGCACCUCUCCACCCGGCCUGCCGUAUUCAUCUCCAACCAUCAGUCGGAACUGGACGUUCUCAUGUUGGGCGAGGUCUUCCCGCCCUACUGCAGUGUUACGGCGAAGAAAUCGCUACGGCACGUACCUAUCUUGGGGUGGUUCAUGGCUCUCUCUCGGACGGUCUUCAUCGACCGCGCCAAUCGCGAGACAGCCGUCAAGGCAUUCGACAGCGCCGCAGAAGAAAUGCGCAUCCACCGGCAGAGCGUCUUCAUCUUCCCUGAGGGAACCAGAAGCUAUUCCGACAAGCCAGAUUUGCUACCGUUCAAGAAAGGCGCCUUCCACCUUGCCGUGAAAGCCGGCGUGCCGAUCGUUCCAGUCGUUGCGGAGAAUUACUCGCAUGUCCUUUCUCCCCGAGCCAUGAGAUUCAAAUCCGGCACCAUCAACAUCAAGGUUCUUCCUCCCAUUAGCACGGAGGGUUUGACCGCCGUGGACGUCGACGACCUGACCAAGGCGACUCAGGCAUCGAUGCUCAAAACCCUACUAGAGCUUUCCCGAAAGGAAUCAGCCGAAAUUGAACUCAACGCCCAACCCAAGGCAUCCUCAACUGCGGUUGAGAUCUAA